UUUCUUUCUCUUUCUAUGUUUAAAAAUUAUUUUAAAAAAUAAUUAAACUAUACAAUCAAAAAAUUUGAAAAUGGGAAUGUUUAUAUGUAUAUUAAAUCAUAAAUUUAGUUUCAGAAUUUGUCAAUCACAUCCUCAUAUUAUGUGAAAAAAUCGGAAAAAUCUCCUUAAAUGAUACAACAUUCCGUUCCAUGUUAUUAAUUAACGAUCAAACCGUAAAUAAUAUGGGAUAAUCCUCCAUGAAAGAAAAGCAUUAUACAUAAAUAUUUUUUUAAGAACAAAAAUCUUUCAAUGUAUAUUGUUUAGAGUUCUUAACUCGAAAAAGUUCAAUUCAAAAAUUUUUGGAAAAAGAAACGGUUUUUUAAGAUUUUCUCUUAAGAUAAUAUCAUUUUUAUUGUGUUUUUUACGUCGAUAGUUUUAAGAUUUCUUUUGUGUUUAAGAAUUCUAAUAAAUAAUUCAUCGAUCGAAAAUGUUGUCAUUAGUACAGUUGUAUUUUUUUACAUUAAUAAAGAAAAAAUUGGACUAUUUCUUUUUCCAAAAAAUACAAAAAUAAGAUUACAAUAUAAUGAGGUAAUGUGUAUGUUCUUAAUUUUCAGAAAAGUAAAAUUAAAGGGAAGCUUAACCUUUGUUUUUUCUUUACUUUUUGAAAAAAUUGAGAACAUCAUUUGCAUAUUUUGGAUAUCUACUUCAUGCGAACGCACGUUGUGAUAUUAGAAAAUUUUCUUCAUUGAUUUCUUGUUAAAUCGCAAUUAAAAUUGGUGAAAUUUUAAUAAAAUACUAUUUUUGUAAAGUUACAUAUCUGUGUGUAAUUUUUUUUAGAUCUUUUUACAUCUUUUUACAUCAUAUAAUUGAGAAUUAAAAAAUUUGAGAAAAAGUUUUACAAAUUAAAUUAUUAAAUGUUACGUUUUAAUUCAAUACGUCUGUCGGAUGAUUUUUUAUUUUAAAUAUUAAUUAGAAUGGUAACAAUUUUUUUAAAAAUAAUAUAAUAAAUGGGUGGAGUCCGCAAAGUGAGAACGUAAGUGAGUUCAUUCGUUCGAAAAAUGAGCCACGUUCUUUGCGACCUUGGUACAAGCAGGCGCGGCUUCUCCAUCUUUUUGCGUAAUGCAUGAUAAAUGCUAGACGAUAGAAUUAACAUAAGAAUUUAUACAGGGAAUUCCGGAUUUUAUCCGGAACACUGGACAUUUUUUUCUACUUUUUUGUACCUCUCUGUUUCCACUGUUUCGGAAAUUAGCGUAACAGAUCAAGAGAGGGUACGCUAAAAACGAUUGUUUAUGGUAGUUUCUUAAUUUGACGUCUUUUAGUUUUUUUAUCAAAACUCGUCACGCAAAUGUCAACUUAAUCGUAUAUCUGAAACAUUUUUGUCACACGGAACGUCUCUUGUCCAUGAAUAGAAUAUAAAAUCAUAAUAAGAUCAAGAUAAUAUCAAGAAAACAUUUAAUAAACUAAAAAAUUAUUUUAAAAUUAUUGCAGUUUAAAGAAUCGUAAAAUCAUCAAAGUAUCAAAUGCAAUUAUACCCAUACAACAUUAAAAUUUUACGAAAAUAUCUCAGAAAUAUUUCUAAUAAAAUGUAAAACAUUCGUAAUAAUUGCGAAAUAUAUCUACAACAAUUUUGGAAUAGCAAAACGUUCGCGCUUCUUACACUUAAAACCUUGUACAAAAGUUGCUGAAAGGCUAUUAAAAAAAUCUGCAAUCUUUGUCCAAGAAAAUAUAUUAAGUGUUAUUUUUAACAUAUUUAGAUAAAAAACAAUAUUUAAAAAAUAUAUAAAAAAUAAUAAUGUUUUAUUUUUGCGUAAUAUUUUUGUAUUUUACUAUUUACAUUUUAAAGUCCAUAUUUAGAUUGCGUUCAUCAAUUUCUUUGAAAGAUUCAAAAUAAGAUUCUCUAAAUUUAAAAAAGAACAUAUAUAAACUUUAAACUCUAAAGCAUUACGACAAAUGUUAUUUACUAUUUACUAUUUAAUAUAUUACUAUACUAUCUAAUUCAUUAUUAUUAUAAUAAGUAUGAUUCUCAGAGAUAAUUAUACGAAACAUUUGUAAUUGUAUCAAUCUUUUUAUUUUAGCAUUAUUAAUGAACCAUAUCUAAUAAAGUAGAGCAAUAAGUUAUAAGAAUAUAAAUGUAUGAUGUAAGAAUAAAACAUAAUCAAAAAGUGACUUUUAACAGUCAUUUUAGAAUCAUUUUGACGUUACGAUUGACUUUCUGCUUGGAUGUAUGGGUUCAAAUUUAAUGUUUGUGAUAGAUUUUAGAAACAUUCUGUUGCAACACAUCUUACAUACUUAUGUAAAAUUAUAACGUACACAUAUGAGAUUUUGCAGAAUUCUUUUAGAAUUGUUGCGUACAUGUAAAAAGCAUUAAAAUCUUCCUGAAAAUUUUCCGCAUUAACAAUCGAUAUUAUAUAAGUAUUAAUGAUUUUUUAUAUAUUCUGGAAAAUAUUUUAUUUUUAGAAUGUUCUAAUUUUUUUGUUGUGUCUUCUAGAUGUUAGAGAUUAUACUACUAUAAAUAAGAAGGCUUUAUUGAAUUUAUUUCAUUGCAAAAUAUUAAUCGCACAUGAUCUUAACUGUAAAUACUGGCUCUUUUUAAAGACAUCUAAUAUAAAAGAUAUUUUAUAAUCCAAUUUUACUUUGUGUUGUUUAUGUAAUAGUUACCUAAAACUGUAAACAACACCUAAAGUGUGGUUAUUUAUAUUGCAUAAGCCAAAUUAUUCUUUAAAGCUGGUUUCAUCCAACAUUCAGGUAUGCACGACCAACAUAUUUUCUCGUUGAUUAAGAAAAAAACAGGAAUAAACCUAAGAAGUCUGCAGUUUUUAAAUUUCAAUAACUUUUAGCUUUAUUGGUAUUAUAUAGUCAAAAAAUCUGAAGUUGUUUUUAAUUGAUUUACUAAAGAAAAAAUAUAUAUUAUAUUUUUUAUUAAUAGUAUUAUUAAUAAUUUAAAAAUUUUGAGAAAUAGGUAUACAUUUAAGGAGAACUUAAUCUUAAAAAACAUAAAUGUACACUGUAUUCUUAAAAUUUUUUAAUUAUUAUUUGUAUAAUUUUUCCCAAAAAUAAAAAUUUACAAAAAUUUUGCAUUAUUUUAUCUUCGAUUAUUUUCGGAGUUGUGGACAAUUUAUCUUUGAUUGGUUGUAUUAUAAAUUUUGAUAUACUUUUUGUAUACAAUGUUCACAACUUUUUAGAUUACGUUACAAUAUUGUACUAAUUAGCGUGAUAUUAACAAAAAUUUGAUUACAUCACACAUUGCAUUACAGGCUACAGUUAAAUUGUUACAAUCAAAUAAAUCACCUUUGUUACGGAAGCAUGUGAAUAUGUGAUAUCUUUUUUUUAAAUUUAUGUAAUCGUUACACGCAUAAUGCGACCUCGUUGUUGAUCCGGUCACGAUAACAGAGAGAUGCUACUUUUAUUUUAUUACCGUUUAUUAUAUGUAAACAUCAUUGAUUUAACUUUCGCUCGUUCUCUUAGCGAUUAGCUAUUUUUACAGUACCUUGGAAGAUCAUUGACCAAUCGUUGAUUAAACGCGAUAAAUCUAUUUCUAUUUUAAAAUAUUAGCUUGGCUUUAGAAUAUUAUAGGUAUGUCUAGCAAUAGUUACAGUCAUAGAUGUCCUCGAAAUGCAAAUUAAGCACGAAUUAAUGUUAUACACAGAUUAAGAAAACGACUUUAAAAUUUAUACUUAAAUACUUAAAUACUUCUUAGUGAGAAUUAAGAUAUUUCCUGUAGGAAAAUUGAAAGUCAAUAAACGGACGAUAAAGAUAUCAUUUAUUGUGUAAUAUAUAAUUUAUUGUAUAACUUUAAAAUAUUUAUAACUGUAAAACUUUUGUAUAAAACGCUUUUUUGAUAUUUUGAUAUUUUACGAGAUAUAUUGAGAAAAGGUAAAAAUGUCUCAACCUUUAAAGGGUAGUUUUAUCUCUUCAAACCGAGCCCAAACGGAAAAUUUCUAAAUUUAUGUAUUUACCCCCUCUACAUUUAUGUAGUUUUAUUAAAAUUGGAAUUUUCGGGUUCGCAAAGUUCCCUUAUCAGUCAUAAAGUCAAGUUAGAAUCAAAGAUAAAUGUAUUUCUUCUUAUACAAUCUGAUAUGUUACAACGUAAACACUCUUCUUCGCAGAGAUCCUUACAAUGUCGACGCUUCGCUAUGCAAUGACAACAGUUAUACUGUCAGCAGUUUAAGUCACAAAGAUCCGUUAUUAUAAAAUGACAUGUUACAGUGCCAAUAGUUUACUACGUAAUGACCCAUCACAUUGACGGUGCUUUAACACGACACGUUAUAAUGUCUAGAGUUUAAUUUACAGUGAGUCGCCUCGCUUUCAAUCCACGGUGCUUAUAUACAUCGUUUUUCGGUCGGUUGCUAGGACUAUUCCGAGUCUACGUACAAUCUUUGGCCUGGGUCCAACGUCUAAGCAGUGUUGCAGUAAUCGUGGUAAUGUCGCAAGUACUUAAUAUGAAUUAGGACAGAUACUUGCAACGUCGUUAUUCCCCGAUCGAUGAUCGGGACAAAGGGCUUACAUAGCACGCGGCCGAUGUCAUUAAGUGUCAUUUGACCCCUUUAUCUCUUUCGACGUUCAUUUCGUUGGAGUGUAUCUCACUCACAACAUAAAAAUAAAAAUAAUUAAAAAAUUACAAGAGGUUUACAACUUUACAAGUAACGACAUUAAAAAUAUGUAUCCAUAUAUCUGCGGAAAAAGAGAAGAGGACGGUUAAAUGGAAGGAAAUACAACAAAUGACUAAGGACAAAAAAGAAUAUGAAGCUCAGGAACAUGCUAAAAUGUUAAGGAAAAAGCAUCUAAUGCGCGAGAUCAAACUUGGUGCUCUAAAUACGAAUCGUUAUCGGACAUUAUGGCGGGAGAUGAUGAUGAGAAUCAAAAUGCCGCAGAUCAUCGAGAACGUAGAGAUUGCAUGGCGCAAUUUUGAUCGAGCUCUCGAUAUCAAGGACUACAGAAUAAGCUUUUUAAUGGACGAACUGAGUGAGGCCGAAGAACAGUAUCAAAGAAAUACAAGAUCGCAUAUGGAAAUCAUUGAUCGAUUAUUAAGAUCGUAUAAAGAAAGAAUAGAAAGCAAGGAAAAAAAUUAUCGAAGAACGUUAAAUGAUACGCUUGUUCAGACAAACGAUGAAAUUAGUAAAAUUUAUUAUCAAAAGAACCAGUUCGAAAUCUCGUUACAAUCAAUUACUAAGGGCAUUCAGCAACAAUUGGAAGAAUCAUUGAACAAUGUCAAGAGUAUUGCAUUAAAAACGAAGAGUCGCAGAAAAUGUUACGAGGCACUUAAAGACAAGGAUGAGAAAGAUCAGAAAGUGAUAGCGCAACAAUUGUUACGUACAGCGAAUCACUUCGAGGAAAUACGAAAAUUUCGAGAUAACAUAGCCACAUAUGAAGCUACGACCAAAAAAGAAAUUUCCGAAAUUGCAACGGAAUAUGACUUCUUUCAAAAAGCUUCCUGGACCGUAAAAAAUCGUCUUCUCUCAGGUGUGCAUUAUUCAGACUUUUGCUUUAAUCUUUAUUGGCAAUUUGUAAAGUUAGACUCCUUAAUCUCUAACAACAUGAAGAAAUUUUUAUGCAACAAUAUUUUACUGUUACAAUUUAUUUUAUACUCUAUUCAUGUUAAAGUUUUCUACACUGAAACCUCGCACUAGUAGACUGUUCGGGGCUGAGUCUACUAUUGUGGGGUGACCUACUGUUGCUGCGUUUCAUUCCCACUCCGUGAAAGGACACAGCGGUAUUGUCAGUUUAUAAUUAUGCUUCAAGAUUAGUUGUAUUUGACACUUAAUUUAUAAAACUGAAAAAUGUAUUUAAAAUUUAUAAAUAUAAAAUAUUAGACAAAAUCCAGCUCCGAUCGUAUUUGAUGUUCCUUUAUUUAUGUGGUUACAUUUAAAGAAUUUAUUUUAAUUAUUGUUGGUCAUUUUAUUUAUAUUUGCGUAAUUUUUUCAAUAAAAAACUUUAUACAAGAAUAUAUGUUUUAUUUCUAUUACAAAAAAACUAUUUUUAAACAAUUUUGUUAAGAUAAUUUUCCAUAACAUGUGGACAAAAUAUAAAUUCUUAAAUAUACAAAAAUAUUUAUAGAAGUAAACAAAGAAAUAUAUAUAUUAUUUAUUUAUAUAAUUUUCCUUCUAGAAUGUCUUUCAAAAUAAAAAUUUUAUCUUCAUAUAUUAAACAUUUUUUGUUUUUCCAAAAUAUUUGCUAUUUAUUAAAUAAAUUAAUUAGAUUACAAUGUCGCACUUAAUUUGCGAACACAUUUGUCAUAAUUACGCGUUGCUAUUUCCCACUUAUACUACUCAUCACGUGCACCGAGUGCAUAUAAAGCGGAUAGUUUCUAUUAAUACAGAAUUGACAAGGUUCCAACGUACUUGUGUGGCAUUAACUUUUUAGAACUUUUAGGAAUUUUUUUAGAUGUAAAUGUAAGUAAAAAUAUUCUUGAAAAUUACUUUUUGUCUUUUACAGAUUGUUUAAAGAUUUCCUAUAUUUAAAAAAUAAUUUAUUUGAUUCAUCGAUAACCACGAGAUUUCAAAACUUACAGUGAAUUAAAAUUAAAAUUUUUAAUGUUCAUUUAAUGAAUACUUCAGCAUUAGAAUACUUGCACUUAUUAUCGGAAAUUUUUAAUUCGCCUAAUGGAGGCAAAAUAAAAUAAAUAAAUAGUACUUGUUUUAAAAUUUUUAUUUUUCUUUUUUUUGGUUUGUUCCAAAAAAAAUAUUAAAUAUUAUGAUAAUUCUGCUUUUAAUAAUAGCUGUAAACAUGCUGAUUAAAAUGACAUUUUUAAUUUCAGUCAUUUGGAAAAUCUAGAAUCAUGAUCACCGAUAUACCACAGAGAAGUCAAAUAGAUCUAUUGUUAAUAGUUAUUCAUCUUUUUUAUUAAUAAAAAUAGCAAACCAAUUUUCAAAAGUAAAUAAAGAAUAAUGCCACUGAAAUAAAUAAAGGACACAGAAAAUAAUUUUGAAAAUUAUUUACCCACUUUCCUAAAAACCUU